GCGCUGUGAGCGGGAUGGCGGCGGAACGAUGCUGACGCCUGGUAGCGCAGGCUGUGCUCAGCAGCAGCAGCAGCAGCGACACAGCCAUGGCCCGGCUGGCCGACUACUUUGUGCUGGUGGGCUACGAUCACGACAAACGCGGGAGUGGUGAUGGUCAGGGACGGAUUAUCCAGCGCUUUCCUGAAAAAGAAUGGGAAGACAAUCCCUUUCCAGAGGGCAUUCAAUUGUUUUGUCAGCCUGGUGGAUGGCAGCUGGUACUUGAAAGGAAAUCUCCAAACUUCUUUGUGGCAGUCUUAACAGAUAUCAACUCAGAGAGGCAUUAUUGUGCAUGUUUCACCUUUUGGGAAGCAGUUGAGAGUUCACAGCCCCAGCAGAACCAUGCAAAUGUCACCGAAGAGGACUCAAAAUUUAUCCAGACUCCACAGUUAUUUGCCCCAAAAAGUCUGGUUCUGGUUUCACAGUUGGACCAUACUGAGGUGUUCAGGAAUUGCCUGGGAUUGAUCUACACCAUUUACAUUGACUGUCUGGAUUUUCCAUUGGAGACAGUGAUUGGGAACCUGCUAACUUGCAUCGUUCCCAUCACAGGAGGAUCCCAGAGAACAAUCUCGCUUGGAGCAGGAGACCGUCAAGUGAUACAGACCCCCAUCAGUGAUGCGCUACCAGUCACUGGUUGCAGUGUUGCACUACUACUCAAGCAGCUGGGUAUUAACAAUGUAUUGGAUCUUUUUUGUGCUGCCCUAACCGAACACAAGAUUCUGUUCCUGUCCUCCAGUUAUCAAAGGCUGACAGAAGCCUGCCGAGCACUUCUUGCUCUCAUGUUCCCUCUAAAGUACAGUUUUACAUAUAUUCCAAUCUUACCAGCUCAGCUAAUUGAAGUGCUGAGCAGCCCUACACCAUUCAUCAUUGGAAUCCACUCUUCCUUCCGAGCAGAUAUGCAGGACUUGUUGGAUGUAAUUGUGGCUGAUCUGGAUGGUGGCACAGUUGUGAUCCCAGAGUGUAUCCACAUUUCGGUUCUGCCAGAGCCCUACUUGGUUCAGACUCAAACAGCACUUUCCAUGGUUUUGGACCCAGAGUUAGAGUAUGCAGAUUAUGCCUUCCCACCUUCCUCUAUGUCAGCAUCUUCAAUGAAAUUCCAGGAUAAAGAGAUCAGAGCUGUCUUCCUGCGCUUGUUUGCACAACUGUUUCAAGGUUACCGCUGGAGCCUGCAAAUCAUUCGUAUCCAUCCUGAGCCAGUAAUUCGUUUUCACAAGGUGGCUUUUUUAGCCCAACGAGUAUUGCUGGAUGAUGACUUUCUCACUAAAGUUCUUGAUGGGAUGGCUUUUGCGGGAUUUGUAUCAGAAAGAGGCUCACCGUAUCGAGCAUGUGAUUUGUUUGAUGAGUUGGUAGCAAAUGAAAUAGAAAGAAUACGAGCAGAAGAGGGAAACCCGCAGAAAGUUCUGAAACACGUGAAGGAAAUAUCAGAAAAGCUUCACCGAAAUGAGAACCCUUACCCAGCAGUCGCAAUGCACAAAAUACAGAAACCAACCGAGGGCUCCCACCUGCGGUUGCAGCCAACCACCUUCCCUCAACUGGAUGAAAGCGUGGUGCAGUGGAUCAUCGACCAGGCUACAGCCAAACUAAAGAAUGCUCCACCUGCUGUUAAAGCUGAGAUGAAAUGCAUAGUGCCCAUGGGACCUCCAAGUGCUGUUGUUAUUGAUCGAAAUGGUAUCGUCCUUGCCAACAGUGCCCGAAGGUUAGAGGUCGUCAGGAAUUGCAUUACCUACAUAUUUGAAAAUAAAAUGUUGGAAGCCAAAAAGUUGCUGCCUGCCAUGUUAAGAGCCCUUAAGGGACGUGCAGCUCGACAAUGCCUCACCCAAGAGCUGAAUUUACAUGUUCUGCAAAAUCGAGCAGUCCUCGAUCAUCAGCAGUUUGACUAUAUUGUGAGGAUGAUGAACUGUGCACUACAGGAUUGCACACCAUUGGAUGAACAUAUAGUUGCAGCAGCUCUCCUUCCAUUGGUUACAGCCUUCUGCAGAAAACUGGGUUCUGGCGUCACACAGUUUGCCUAUAGCUGUGUACAGGAACAUCUGGUAUGGACUAACCUUCAGUUCUGGGAAGCCAUGUUUUACAGUGAUGUACAGAAUCAUAUCCGAGCAUUGUAUUUGGAAAUGGAUAGUGACCAUCUCUCAGAAACAGGUUCUGUCAAUGGUGAGCGGGAGCAGAGAUCAGCACUGCAGGUAGCUGCAGAACAGUUACGUAUGUGGCCAACCUACAGCAAAGAGAAGCAACAAGAACUGAUUGAUAAAGAGGAGAGCACAGUAUAUAGUCAGGCUAUUCACUAUGGUAAUCGUCUCACUUACCUGCUCCUGCCACUUGACACCAGCAAGAGUCGCCUUCUUCGUUCUUCAGCAAUUGGAGACAUGGAAAGUGUCAGCAACAGUUUUGUAACAAACAGUAUUGCAGGCAGCGUGGCUGAGAGCUAUGAUACUGAAAGUGGAUUUGAGGAUGCAGAGACUUCUGAUGUGGCAAACUCAGUGGUUCGAUUCAUCAACAGAUUUGUGGAUAAAGUGUGCACAGAAAGUGGUGUCAGCAGUGACCAUCUGAAAGCACUUCAUGCUAAUUUACCAGACAUUGUGCAAAUGCACAUUGAGACAUUGGAUGCUGUUCAUCGAGAAAGCAAGCGCCUGCCUCCCAUUCAGAAGCCUAAGCUUCUGCGCCCCAGUCUACUGAUUGGAGAGGAGCUGGUAAUGGAAGGACUACGAGUGUUCUUGGAACCUGAUGGACGGGAAGAAUCAAUGGGAGGUUCUGUCGGAGGUCCUCGCAUCCUUCCAGCAGAAGGAGCCAUUUUCCUUACCAGCUACCGCAUUAUCUUCAAAGGUGUACCCACAGAAACCCUAGCGGGGGAACAGACUGUGAUUCGUUCGUUCCCUGUUGCGUCAUUCACAAAAGAUAAGAAGAUUAGCCUGCAUUCACGCACGGAUCAGGAUCUCCAAGAUAGGCUCCAGUUGCGUUCUUCCACGUUUCAGUUGAUGAAAAUAGCUUUUGACGAAGAGGUGGGAUCUGAGAUGAUUGAACUAUUUCGGAAGCAAAUCCACAAGCAAAGAUAUCCACAGUAUGUGCACAACAGCUUUGCCUUCACUGUUGGCCAGUCAGCUAAACAAGUAACAGAGUCAAAGCAGAAGGAGAAGAACCCAUCACUGAGAACCAAGUCGAAAAAUAUCAUGAAGAAUGCGAAGAAAACAAUUGGGAGGCAGUAUGUUACCAGGAAGAAGUUCACACCUCCAACAAUGGACCAACGAGGCAUUCCUGCACAUGGUGACAGCCUAGACCAAAUUUCUGUUUCAGAGGAGAUGGAACAAACUGCACUGACACUUUCCAGCACAAUUAGAUCAUCAGAUAAAUCAACCAUGAGCCACAUGGUAGAGCGAGCUUGUUGUCGUGACUAUCAGCGCCUGGGCUUGGGCACACUCAGUAAUAGUUUGACACGGUCAAAGAACGAACCGUUCCGUAUAACAACAGUGAAUCGCAUGUAUGGGGUCUGCAAGAGUUACCCCAGCCUCCUGAUUAUCCCACAGACUAUACAAGACAGCACAAUGCAGCGCAUAUCACGGUGUUACAGACAGAGCCGCUUCCCCGUUGUCUGUUGGAGGAACUCGCGCACUAAGGCAGUGCUUCUGCGAUCAGCUGGAUUGCAUGGGAAGAGUGUUGUUGGCUUCUUCAAAUCCCAGAAUGCACCAACUGCAGGUCCUUCUCAGACAGACUCUACCAGUUUAGAGCAAGAGAAGUAUCUCCAGGCAGUGAUCAAUUCCAUGCCUCACUAUGCAGACACGGGUGGGCGCAACACACUCAGCGGCUUCACUUCUGCUCACAUGAACAGUUCAGGGAAAUGGGGCAGUAUUCGGGGCAGUGGACGAUUGAGUGCUUAUUCCUUGAGCUCAGAUGUGGGGAUCCGAUUAGCAGGCAAAGAGACGUUGUCCCCGCAGGCAAAUGGAGGUCCAUCAGACUCGCACUAUUUCAGGCAGCAGCGAGCCGGCCUUUACAUCAUCGGAGAGAAGUCUCAGCUAAAAGGGGGCAAACAGGACCCUCUGCAGCAGUGGGAGGUUGUCCCCAUUGAGAUAUUUGAUUCCCGACAAGUGAAGAAACAGUUUAAGAAGCUGAUGAAGGCAUGUGUGCCAAGUUCAGCAUCCACUGAUGCUAACCUGUCCUACUACCAUUCGUUGGAGGAAUCGGACUGGCUCUCUCAGGUAUUUCAACCUUGGCACAAGUUGCUCCAGGUGUCAGUGCUGGUUGUUGAAUUGUUGGACAACGGAUCUUCGGUGCUCAUCACUGAGGAUGGCUGGGAUGUAACCACUCAGGUAGUCUCCUUAGUGCAGUUGCUGUCUGACCAACAUUACAGAACAUUGGAGGGCUUCCGCCUUCUGGUUGAGAAGGAAUGGCUGUCAUUUGGGCACCGUUUCAGUCACCGUGGUGCUCAAACAAUGGCCAGUCAGAGCAGUGGCUUCACACCAGUCUUCUUGCAAUUUCUUGACUGUGUACAUCAGAUUCAUUUGCAGUUCCCGAUGGAGUUUGAGUUCAGUCUAUACUACCUGAAAUUUCUGGCAUAUCAUUAUGUGUCCAACCGCUUCCGAACUUUCCUGCUGGAUUCUGAUCAUGAAAGGAUCGAACUUGGACUGUUGUAUGAAGAGAAAGGUGAGAGAAAAAGCCAACACGUAUACAAAUCUGUGUGGGACUACAUUGACCGGCUAAGUAAGAAAACACCAAUCUUCUUCAAUUAUCUGUAUGCACCUGAAGAUGGAGAGGUUUUGAGGCCAUAUGGUAACAUUUCCAAUCUGAAGGUCUGGGAUUAUUACACACACGAGACCCUUUCUGAAGGGCCACCAUAUGAUUGGGAGCUGGUAUAUGGUCGACGUGAACAGGUGGAUGAUGGGGAAAGAACAGAUACCAUGGCUCCUCAGACACAGCGCAAGAUUGUUUGGCCCUGUUAUGACAACCAGAAUAAGAUAGAACCAGAUGCCAUCAGCAAACUAUUGGAGGAGAUGCAGAAGUUGGAGUGUGAGCUGGGUCAAGUGCCAGAUAAAUGGAAGGAAACUUGGGACAAGAUCAAAACAACCCAGCGGACGGAGAGCAAACAGGAGGGUAAGCACUUGUCUUCAAGUUCCCUGUUGAUGUCAUCAAGCCUAUCCCAUCACCGGAGAUCACAGUGUGUUUACUUGCACGAGGCAGCAGUUGGAUCCACUUUGAAUCUGAGUCUGGACACAGACAGCAGCACAACUUCCACUCCCUCCAGUGGUGUCAUGGGGCGAAAGAGCACAAGCACCUUAUACAGCCAAUUCCAGACAUCAGAGAGUGAACACAGGUCAUACGAGGGGAUACUGUACAAGAGGGGCGCUUUACUGAAAGCUUGGAAACCACGCUGGUUCGUACUUGAUAAAACCAAACAUCAGCUGAGAUAUUACGACAGUAAAUCAGACACAGAUGUAAAGGGGAUUGUGGAUCUUGCAGAAGUGGAAUCUGUUACUUUGGGAACUGCAGCAAUGGGAGCUCCCAAAAGCAUUGAGGAGAAAGCCUUCUUCGAUCUAAAGACGACAAAAAGAGUUUACAACUUCUGUGCCCAGGACUGCCAGAGUGCCCAGCAGUGGAUUGAUAAAAUCCAGAGCUGCUUGUCAGAUGCAUGAGCACCUUGCUCUGCAGGCAUUGCCCAUGUAUGACUGGGUAGAAAGUUUGGAUCACCUGGAUCUCUCUCGCUAAUGGACAGCAGCUGUUGUAUUGAAGCAGAGCAUUGUGGGAAUUAGUAACUUCUCAGCCACCCAAUCAUGGAGUCCAAAAGAAUUGAUGGAGGACGGUGAUUGGAUGUCUUGCUACCCACAUCCAGCACUGGCAUACUUGUGCAUUUGUUGAUGGAAGUCCACUUGAGAGUUGGGAGCUGCUCAGAGAGAUGGUGGAGAGGCACAUUUCUCCACUAAAGAUGGUACAGAUUAGAAUAAGAAUAAAGCAAACACAAAACCCUUUAAUCCUUUCUUCCUCAGAACUUUUCUCUCAUGGUAAAAUUUCCUCUGCUUAUGGUUCUGUUAGGGUUGACAUGUUAGGUCACCAACUCGUAACCUAAACGCCACGAGCUAAAAAUUUUUCACCAAAUUAGUUCAGAAGUUCCAGAACUUGAGCCAUAUUUUUUUGGAUGAAUUGCUUGUUUUCAGAGAGGAUGUGGAUUGAUGAUCAGUCAUUUCACUGUUUAUUAUUGACCUUGUUACAUAUUUGUAAUCAGUGUUUCCAACAUGCCCAUUCUCUUUGUGAUGCUGCAAACCUGUCAGGUCAGCAUGAGAACUGAACAAGUCAAACAGUUCAAGGGUGCAAUUCCUGCAUCAGAAACAGUUGGCUCCAAAUGAGGGGAAUGUUUAAAGUCUCUUGCCUUGAAGUGAAUUCUUUCUCAAAAAGAUGGGCUAUAUAUAUUAAAAAAAAUGCAAUCUGUUGUUUACAAAUAGAUUUGGGAAUAAUUUUUGCUUGGGUCUGAUUUUCAUUGGGUUAAUAAGCUGAGUGAAAUCUCACUCCUACAUACCUGAGGAACGCUGCAGAAAUCUGCAAACAAAUUUGCCAAGAGGUAAACUGCAUCUGUUUGCAGCCUGUGUGGAUGGGAGUGGGUUGAAGGUACAGUAUAUGUUGAGCAGCUCUCUGAGGGAGUGUUAAUGUUCAUUUAAAAUGACUAGAUAUCUUCAAACUGCAAGGACAGCAGUAGGACAAUGAGGGAUGUGUUUGUGUAAUUGGUUCUACAUUAACUUAUGCAAAAGGGGGUAGAGCUUGACAGCUGGUAUAUGCUCAGAAUGUUUACAGAUACAGCUGUGAAAGGUUGUGUGCAGUGAAGCUGGUUUGACCAACCCCUUUCCCCAGACUGCCUCUAUCCCACUUCCUCCUGACGUGCCUGGCCUUCCCUUCCAUUGAGUCAUACUGAGCACAUACUGAUUCCAUUGAGUAUCAACAGGCAGAUGGGAUGGGCAAGGGCAACUGGGAGUGGGAGGAUGAGGGGGCUUCCAGUUCUUCUGGGUGGCUGCACGGAAACAUCACAGCUGUGAGAUUAUUUUAGCAGUGUUGUAGCUUUGAUUCUGUUGUUAGUGAUGUACAGCUGUACAUAGUUUAAUUUGUGUUCUAUUUAUGCAACAGCUUCCUAAUUAUCAGUGUACAGGUUGGAUGAUAGUUUGUGUAUCCACAUAUAUUUGCAUCUUUUCCAGUGUUUCUUUGAAGAAAGCAAAGUCAUUGAGCCAGCUGUACACUGACAGAUGGCUCAAUAUUGUGUAUUUUGCCAAUCCACUGCAAUAAAGACUUCAUAAGCAUGCCUGUUCUGUUCAAGCAGCCUCAGUGUCAGAGCAUCAGGAAGCAACAAUACUAUUGGUUUCAGUGUUCACAGUGCAGCGUCUUGGUGAUCUUCACCAUUCUAAACUACAGCAGAUAGUCUUUAACAUCCACUUGGUAGCUCUCAACAAAUCUGUCCAAAAAUAGAAUAAUCCAUACUUUGGGGUGAAUUGAGUGAAACUGAUGGGCCUUUGACCCCUGUGACUUGGGAGUCUCAACCUCUCAGUGAAUCUGUAUUCAAAUAUAUUGAGGCUAUUUCAGCAUAUGGUUUCCAGUUAAAAAUUAUCCUGCUAUUUAGUGUUAAUAUUGUGAUUGCCAAGUUAGAAAUACUGAUACUAGAAUCUCUCUCUCAACUCAUUCUUUCUCACUCUGUCCAAAUCAUGUACUCUCACUGUUGUGAGCAGUUUCUGUAAUUUUGCAGCUUGUGUUUGUUUGAUCUCACUGUGCUAUUUCACAAUGUCUUAAGUUCUGUAAUGUUGUUUGUAGUUCUUUGCUGUCAGAUCUCCAGUCAGGUUCUAUUAUAUGUACUUGAUCCCAGUUAACUUCUAACAUCGUUAAAGUUGUACAGUGUGAUGAUAGAGACCUGAGAACUAUUACUGGCCUCACUAAGAUCUGGGAGGUGCAAAUUCUGUUUGUGCUGGUUUUGUUGAAGAAAAAUACUGUCUUCUAAACAAUUGAUUAUUUCAUUUACUUGGUGUAGAAGAUUUGGCAUGGGAACUUCUAUUUCCAACAAGUUUAACAAACACCUGAUCUUCCCAAUGUCACAGAGCAUUGAGUUGUAUUCUAAAGCCUGAAAGAAUGGUGUAUUAACAUCCAAAUUAAAGGAUGUUUCAUUAAUACUACCAGUUGGAGCAGGGUCUUGGAAUGAGUGGAAGUGGCCUUUCGUUCCUCGUUAAUGUGCCUCAUUAUCAUCCUCCUCACGAGGCUGCCUCACUGAGGCUUUAUCUUGCUGCGAUGCUGGUUGUUCUUUGUACUGUGCUAAGAAUAAAACCAGGAUGUGCUGGAAAUACCCACAGGUCUAUCCAGUAAAUGGUCCAUAUGUCUGCUUUAUUUUUGAAGUAGUUUUAGAACUAGGGCAUUUCCAGGAUUUCAGUUUAUUUUCAUUUCACUAGAGUUCACCAGGACUUUGGAGUCUGUCCCUUCAUUGUAAAUAAUGGAAGCUGAGCAGUAUCAGUGAGCUUCUACUAUUUUGUUUCCUUCUCAAUUAUCCAGCCUGCUGCCAAUUGGUACUGGGGCUACUGCUGAUGGGGGGGCUAUCAUCACAAGACAAGACAAAGGAGCAGAAGUAGGCCAUUCGGCCUGUCGAGUCUGCUAAUUGGAUUACUAACAAAGAAGCACGACAGUACAAGUUUGUGUCUGUGGUUGAUAGUUUGCCCUAACUUGAAAUUUUAAAAAAACAAAUUUUAAGUGUAUAUUUUGUUCCUCAUUUCUUCAGGUGGGAGAAAAAGUUUCUACUCAGUGACACCAUUUUAGCAUGUUCAAAAUCAACUAGACAAGGUUUAGGUGCAGAAUAAAGCUGGCUUCAGUUUCCUCAAUUAAACUUUUCAGCAAUCUGCAGUACAGGGUACAACUCUCUCUAUGCUGUCCCACCAAAUGUUGCAGAAUAGGCCCAGCACUGAUGCAGCAAAUCAUCCAUUUAAACAAUUCCAGGGCAGAUAUAGCAUGGGUGAGAACAUCCCCUUUUCGUUCUGUCAUCAAAUACCCUCUAGACAGUAGGCAUGAGUUACAAGCUUUUUCCAUGUUUUAUACAAUGACGUGCAUUACCUUUUAGGGUUAAUCUCCCAUCUGCUGUACUAAAAACACAUUCCUAUUCAUGUGUCAGUGUUUGGAACUUUCUGGGUUAUCAGGAAUGGUUUUUGUUUUAAUUUUGCUGUGGGAUAUGCCCAGUUGAUUCUGGGGCAAGGAAAUGGAUUUAAUCUAAUCCAGUGCAGGAGACUGAGGGAAGAGUCUGGGCAAGAUUGACCCCCAGGUGCAUAUGAGAAGUCCACUGGUCCAGUUGUUAACCUGUCUAGUUUCCACAGUUGGCUGCUGCAUUCUGCAUGUUAAUGUAUUGUGAGCUUUGCAAAGUCUGGAGGAUAGAAAAGAAUACUUCCCCCUUCAACUUUCUAAAGGGGCAUCAGCUCUCCUUAAGGCUCCCAUGUUAGGAAGUUCACGACUUCACAGGGAGAUUCUGUAGCUUCAUUUCAUGUAAUCCACUGAAUCCUUUGGUAGCCCUACAUCAUGGGAUCCAUCUGAUUCUGCAGUCUUUUUUUGGUAGAACAACAAAAAAAUACAGACAGAUGAAAGAGUGGUGAUUGGCAGAAGUAAGCAAAUUGUUAGUUGAUGUCCCAUUUACAAGAUUGUAGUGUUGAGUUCUUGUUUGUUGUGUGCUGAGUAUGAUUUCAGGGAACUGACAGCAGGAAAGCAUGGUAGAGGAGGUAGCAUCUUAUCUGGCACUUCAAGUGAACAUUUUGGCAGAUUGAGCCAUUAAUUUUUGGAUUUCUAAAAUCCUCUGUUUCAGGCUGUGUUUAGUUUAAGAAGUGAUGUUUUCUGUCCCUUCUCACAUUUAUAAUUUUACUCUUACCCUAAACUUUUAACUUUGAAAAUACUUUUAUUUGAAAUAUGAAGAUAAUUUGUACAUAUUCUCAAUUUACAUUUCCUGUAUAAAGAUGGGUGAGUCCAUAUUGUAAAAUACAUUAACCAUGUAGAGUUUGGGAUUUCUAUUAGAGUCUGUACAUUGUGGUCUCCAUACUGAGUCCUGUAUUGUGCUUAGAGAAACAGGAAAAACAAAUUUAAUAAAAUAUAUAUGU